GAGGAACUGCGCUCGAGAUAUUUUGGCAAACUUUGAUCGUUGAGUUUGAUAGGUGUUGAUACCUUCAUUUUGCUUAAGACUGGACCUAUCCUGGCUCUGGAAUUGGUGAGGUAGUUGUCGGGCAUCUGGAGAUGUCAGCUAAGAAGGAGAGCAAGUCAGACCAGCAGCUCCAUCUAGCAGCCCUUCAGGGCAACCUGUCGCUGCUCAGGAGAACACUAGAUGGAGGCAAGGUCCACGUUGACUGCAAGGAUAAGGAGGGGACAACACCUCUGAUACUCGCAGCAGCCAAUAACCACCUGCAGUGCGUCAAGGAGCUUCUGGACCAGGGAGCACAGCUGGAUGAGAGGAGAAAUACCGGUACCUGUGCUCUGUUCUUUGCAGCCCAAGGUGGUUUCCAAGACAUAGUCAAGGAACUACUUGACAGGGGAGCAUCAGUGGAUCUACCAAGUCAGGAUGGAGGCACUCCUCUGUUCGUAGCCUGCCAGUGUAACCACCUCGACGUUGUCAAAGAGCUUGUCUCGAGAGGAGCCGAUGUGCACCGGACCAUGAACGACGGUGCCACUCCACUUUUCAUCGCAGCACAGAAUGGUCACUACAACAUGCUCAAGUACCUCCUGGAAAGAGACUGUGACAUUAACCAAUCAAGAGUGGACAAGGCGAGCCCCCUGUGGAUUGCUGCUCAGAUGGGCCAUGCUGACAUCAUCAGAGAGCUGAUCUCCCAUGGUGCUAAGAUUGAUUCUGCAAGGGAGGACGGUGCCACUCCUCUCUUCAAGGCGGCACACAAGGGUCACACUGACUGUGUGUCCGACCUGGUCAGCCAUGGUGCUUCACUGGGUUUGCUGGAGAAUGGCGAGAGUGCUUUACAUGCUGCAGCCCUUUUUGGACAUCUCAAAGUUGUCAAGCAGCUGAUACAUGCUGGUGCUGACAUCCAUCUCAAGAACAAGGAGGGUGUCACUGCUUCCGAUCUUGCCAGAGAUGCAGGGUAUGACAUCAUUUCCGACUUCAUCCACACUGCCAAGCAGCCCUCUUCCCACACCACAGUAUGACGGAAGGGACUAGUUGGCAUUGUUAUUCCCACAACCCCAUACAAGUGGGCACCAUUAUAAGCGGCAUGUUUCACAAGAAAAUGCUGUUUUUGCCAAGUUACUGUAAAAUUUGGGUAAAAGGCAUUAGGCAGUGAGACGAGCCUGGCUACAUAGCUGAGGGGCCAGGGUCAACUGCCACCCCCACCCCCUUCCCUUAAAGAAGAGCCUGACUGUGCUACUACCAGUGAGCAGUGUGUACAUUGUAAUAUUAAUGUUUUAGUAACUCCAGUAAUUCUGAAAUCUUUGUUGGUGCGAUAAACAAUAAUUUGGAGUCUUGCCACACAUUCAAAUUGUAUGGGAAAAGAGCAUUCGGGAUUAAAGGCUCUGUAUAUGUGCUUUGAGGCAGCUUUCUUUAAAAUUUUGUUCCCUUCCUGUCUGCUGGAGUUAAACAAAUUUUCUCUUACAUUUUAAAGUCUUCCUACUUAAAGGUGAUACUUCCGUACUCCUCAAUCACAGAAGAACCAACACUGAAAAUCUUUCAACAUUUUGUUGUGAUUAAAUAUUGUCAUGCUGUGACUGACUUUCUGCCUGACUUUUUUUCAACAAGUAGAAUUCAUUCCUUAAUAUUCUUUCACAGAAUUAAGUUGUGUAAUUUGAGCAAUCUAGUGCACUUAUAGUUCUUUGAUUAAAUAUGAUUAACAAAUGAGGACUUUUUGCGUCUGAGCAGUGCCCUUAACCCCUACUUCCUUUAACCGAAUGCAUGGAUACUUAAGCAUACAGAUUUAUGUAUGUUCAGGUAUGUUAUAGUCAGGUGAGUGAGGAAAAUGUCCGUCAGAAUUCAAACCUGUAAACUUACCGUGGUGCCAGAGCUUCUUCCUACGCAGCACUGUCAUCUGGCCACACUCUACAUGUAGCAAUUUGCCAAUUGUUCAUUGUCUUUAAAUGUACUUGUGCAUUCACAUGUACGAAGUUUCACACGGCUUGUUUCGGGGCUUGUUUCGAUAUGAUCCAUAUUUCAACAGACGUUUUACCCUCAAAAGUGUUCAUGGGUUGCAGUGUUUUUCAUUCUACCGUAGGACAUGUGGAGCAGAGAACGCCCACAAACAUUUUCAGCGGGCUAGUCUUUGCGGUGAUUUUGUAAUUCAAGAAACUAUAGCAGUAAGUAGGAGACAAUAAAGAGACCUUCUUGAGGACAUACCCUUCAGACCCAACCACAUGCUUUGAGUAGAUAUGCUAAGGUCUACAACUUUUUACAAAGAUUAAACGCCUUUGAAAAAAAAAGAAAAGAACAACAGCUGAUCAGUUCUUACAAGCAUUCAAACCUAUUACACCAAUUUCUAAACUCAUGUACAAAUGUAUUUGUGGUGAAGCAUAUUCGAAAAAGAGGCUAUUAAAAUCCUGUAUUAUUUAAAAUCAAUAGUGCUAAAACACAAGAUUAGUACUCAAAGAGAGGUUCAGUAUACCGUUGUGACAUUGUGUUGAGUUCCAAAUUAUGCGUGUAAAAAGAAUCACAGACAAGCCUGUUCAUUGUGUAUUCAUUUAAUAUGCAUUAUUCAAAGAGAUAUAUUUUGAAGGAGGAGAGUUGGAAAUAUCUAUGGGCUGCUUCAGAUAUUGUUGAUUCAAAUACAUGUAGUGAAACAGUACAAAAAUUUAAUGAGCUGAAGAUGUUGCUCUGCAGUGUUAUAGUAUUUGUAGUUUUAUUGCUGAAUAUAAUCAGGUGCUGAAUUUUUUUCCCCCAAGUUGUGGAAAUACCCAGUCACAACCCUAUGGGUACAGUAUUUAUGACUCGCUCCAGGCAAGGAUGAUUUAAGUCAUGGCCCGCUCAUAGUAGGGAGGGUAAAAUUUUUUGUGGAACUUGAAUUUUUAUUUUUUUGUAAGAAAUUUUAUAUUCAUCAAUAAUUUGAAGGGAACAUGCUGGUUGCUGGGGUGAUUUCAGAUCAGUCUUGCAAGCCUAAGUCUGUGUUAGAAUCAAGUUUUUCUCAGUUAAGAACUAACAUGAGACAAUGUCAUAUCUGCUGCUGAUAACAGACUAUUGGGCUAUGCCAUAUAUGCCCCAUAGGCCAUUGGGCUAUGCCAUAUAUGCCAAGUAACGGCUUACACUAUGGGCCUUCCAGCCAUGCGUUUAAAAUUGCAUUUUUUUCUGAUGCAACCUUUUAUACAGGCAUGCAACUGAUUUCCUCUUUUUUCACUUCACUCUCA